AUGGCUAGUAAUAGCAUCUAAACUAUUGGGAAUUAGCUUCAGCUUUUAGCCGGUAGUGGUGCUAUCCACCGGCGUCUGUAUCCGGCACAUGUGUGAUUGUACAAAAUGGCGUCCAAGAGAAGAAGCGAUUCACAGGUUCCUGCGGAGGAAAGUGACCGUCUCAUCAUCCGGCCACUAGGGGCGGGGCAAGAGGUGGGCCGGUCCUGCAUCAUGCUGGAAUUUAAAGGCAAGAAAAUCAUGUUGGACUGUGGCAUUCACCCGGGCAGGGAGGGCUUGGAUUCGUUACCCUUCUUCGACAUGAUUGAGCCCGAAGAGAUUGACAUGCUGCUGAUAAGCCAUUUCCAUCUGGACCACUGCGGCGCUCUCCCGUUCUUCCUGAAGAAGACCAAAUUCCAGGGUAGGAUUUUCAUGACACACGCCACCAAGGCCAUCUAUCGCUGGCUCCUCUCCGACUAUGUGAAAGUCAGUAACAUCUCGGCCGAGAAGAUGUUGUACACAGACAACGACCUACAGAAUAGCAUGGACCGCAUCGAGACCAUUAACUUCCACCAGGAGAUUGAAGCCAGCGGGGUGAAGUUCUGGUGCUACAACGCUGGCCACGUGCUCGGGGCUGCCAUGUUCAUGAUUGAAAUUGCAGGUGUCAAGAUUCUCUACACAGGAGAUUUCUCCAGGCAGGAGGACAGACAUCUAAUGGCUGCCGAAAUCCCCAACAUCAAACCGGACGUUCUCAUCACCGAAUCAACGUACGGGACCCACAUCCACGAGAAACGAGAUGAGAGGGAAGCGCGCUUCACGGGGACUGUGCACGACAUCGUCAACCGAGGAGGGCGCUGCCUCAUUCCCGUCUUUGCCCUGGGCCGGGCGCAAGAGUUACUUCUGAUCCUGGAUGAGUACUGGGCCAACCAUCCUGAACUGCAUGACAUUCCAGUGUACUACGCGUCGUCACUCGCCAAGAAGUGCAUGUCAGUCUAUCAAACCUACAUCAACGCUAUGAAUGAGAAAAUCCGCAGACAGAUCGCCAUCAGCAACCCGUUCGUCUUCAAGCACAUCUCCAACCUACGCGGCAUGGAUCACUUUGAUGACGUGGGCCCGUCAGUGGUCAUGGCCAGCCCGGGCAUGAUGCAGAGCGGACUGUCACGGGAGCUGUUUGAGAACUGGUGCACCGACCGACGUAACGGCGUCAUCAUUGCGGGUUACUGCGUCGAAGGGACCCUCGCUAAGACCAUCAUGCAGUCACCGGAAGAAAUCACCACCAUGAACGGCCAGAAGCUUCCUCUGAAGAUGUCCGUUGACUAUAUCUCUUUCUCGGCUCACACGGACUACGAGCAGACUAGCGAAUUCAUCCGAGCGCUCAAGCCCCCUCACAUUGUCUUGGUCCAUGGCGAAGCCAACGAGAUGAACCGAUUGAAGACCGCCCUCUUGAGAGAGUACGAGGAUGACGAGGAAACACACAUCCAGAUCCACAAUCCCAGGAUUACGCAGGCCGUGGAGCUGUACUUCCGAGGAGAGAAGAUGGCCAAAGUCAUGGGUAGCCUGGCAGCCAGCAAGCCCACCAAGGACCACCGUCUGUCCGGCGUCCUGGUCAAGCGCAACUUCAACUAUCACAUCAUGGCACCCUCCGAUCUGGCCGAGUACACCGACCUGGCGGUCAGCACGCUCACCCAACGACUGAGCGUAGCCUACACCGCCCCGUUGUCCCUCCUGACCCACUACCUGACCCAACUGUCUGGUGAUGUGGAGUACGUAGAGGUAUACAACAAGCCAGCACUGCGAAUCUUCAACGCUGUCACUAUCGUCCACGAACCAGCCAAGGGCAUGGUCACGUUAGAGUGGGUGGCAAACGCCGUCAACGACAUGUACGCAGAUGCCGUGAUGGCCGUCGUCGUCAAAGUGUCAACUGAUCCAAAUGCACAGAAGCUGAAGCACAUCCCGCCCAAGAAUGACAUUGACCAGUUCAGCCAGCGGCUGACCAGGCUGCUGGAGGAUAUCUUUGGGUCGGGAGCCGUCGCCCACGACGAGAAGACCGACCUCAUCACCGUCAGCAUCGAAGGCAAAGAGGCUCAGAUUAACACAGACCUGCUGGAAGUGAAGACAGAAGACAAGUCUAUGUUCCAGAUGAUCAACACGGCUAUCCAGCGGUUACACAGUGCCAUAGAACCAACCCAGAGCUGAUAGUUGACCUCCUAACUUUGACCUAUGACACGGAAUCGUGUCAAGCACCUGUUGACAGUAGGUGGAAUGGUAGAUGUCUAGUGGAGGUCGAUGACCUCUGACCCCUUAGCAACUUUUAGCAACUGCCAUUGUGCAUCAUUGCAUAAUUGGAGUGAACUGUAAACUUUGACCUGUGACACGGAACAUCUCCCGCAGCUUUGCUGAGUAGGUGGAGGCCAAUGGACCUCUGACCCUUGAUGUUGUGCCAGGUAUUUGUAUACAGUGCUCAGCAUUCAAAGGAACAAUGAGUUUGCUCCGAACUAUAAACUCAGGACAACCAAAAAUAAGGUGGCAUUGGGUAGAAAAGUUUUCAUUGGUCACAAACGGGACUGAAAAAUUUCACUGAAAGCUGAGCAUGGGCUAUGCACUGAAUAUGCAUGAUCAGGGACCAGUAGAAUGGAAAUUUCAGAGGGAAGUGGAAAAGUUACGCUCACAUUUGUUUCACAACCUAAACAGGUCAACUGUUGAAGAUGUAAAAGCAAUAUUCAUUGUUGAAAAUGUACUUUAUGCAGUGGAGUGUGUAAAUAUAAAUAGCAUGAUUUGUGGCUUGCCUAUGAAA